UGAAAGGAGCGCACGCCGCCCCUAGUGCGCAGGGAGCCGGUGAAAAGAAACGUCACGAAACACUGGCGUGGAACCCGAACCGUGUCAUCAGUAUUCAUUCACGGCAUUUAUAUCGAGCCUCUGCUUCGCCUCGCCAGUUUGCGGUUCUGUUCCGGCGUGAGUUGCGCGUCUUUGCGCAGCGUCCUCCCAACUGUCCUCCUGGAUCCUCAAACGCGUCGAUCGGAAUUCUGUCUUCUACCAACUGCACACGACUCCUAAAUGAAAAGCACACCGGAGAAGCUCGUUCUUCUCAUGUUGUCACCAUCAUGUUGGACAACUGCUCGGAUUUUGGCAACGUUACGCAGAUGGUGGUCCCGGUGGUUCACUAUAACUUCCCGGCGCUUGUGUUUGGGAUCCUACUAAUCAUGGUCGUCAUCUUCGGCAACGUGCUCGUGUGCAUAAGUGUUUAUUCGGAGAAAGCUUUAAAAACUACAACCAACUAUUUCAUCGUCAGUUUGGCCUUUGCAGACCUACUCCUGGCGGUUCUGGUUCUGCCGCUCUUCGUUUACGCAGAGUUCCAGGGUGGAGUCUGGUCCUUGAAUAUGUUUGUAUGUGAUAGCCUGAUGACCAUGGAUGUGAUGCUUUGCACUUCCUCCAUCUUCAACCUUUGUGCAAUCAGUGUGGACAGAUUCAUUGCCGUUGCCAUUCCUCUUAAUUAUAAUCGCAAGCAUGUGGACUAUCGCCAACUCGUCCUGCUACUAGGCACCUGGCUGCUGGCCUUAGCUGUGGCCUCACCUGUUAUCUUUGGAAUCAACAAUGUACCUGACCGUUACACGCGCAAGUGCAAACUGGAGGACAAUAACUAUGUAGUUUAUUCUUCUGUCUGCUCUUUCUUUAUCCCAUGCCCCAUCAUGGUCCUGCUAUACUUUGGAGUCUUUCGCGGCCUACGGCGCUGGGAGUUAGCUCGUAAGGCCAAACUGCACACCAGCGUCGAAGCUUGCAGGAAGCUGCAGCACGCGGCCAUUGCAACCGCCCUCCCUCCGUUGGCGGGUGCAAUCCCAGGACCCCUGCCCAUGCCGCUAACCAGGAUCAUUGAAAGGGACUUUGCUCAGUCACGGCUUGAUGAUAUGGACGACUGCAUGAAGCAAAAGAUUCCUUAUCCCCGUCGGUACAGUGCAAAUGCCAUACCAACAGUAACCUACGGCCAUGAGCAACACAGCAAAAAAGGAGCCAAGAUCAACAGCAGGGAGAGGAAAGCCAUGAGGGUUCUGCCUGUUGUAGUAGGCUGCUUCCUCUUCUGUUGGACUCCAUUCUUUGUGGUCCAUACCACUCGAGCUGUGUGCUUGACAUGUGAGAUUCCUUCAGGAUUAAUGAGCACAGUGACAUGGCUGGGUUAUGUCAACAGUGCCCUCAAUCCUGUAAUCUACACCAUCUUCAAUACAGAGUUCAAGAAAUUCUUCAAGAAAUUCUUUCAUAACUGCUGCUAUUCAUGCUGGGUCUGAUUAAUACUACCACUGUUUGCAUCGUAAUAUUGCCUGUCAGGGCACUGAAUCGAUAGCAAAGCUAGCUAGGCUAGUUCUGUACUAACUACGCCUUGUUGCAUGAAAUGAUGACAGUGGCUCGGGUGAAACAAAACAUCUUCCAAGACAACAAGAAAAGUCCAGUUGCGAUCGAUUCAACGCCCUGAUAUUAUAACAUUCUAUCAACUGUUUAGGAUAUAGACAGUUGCAGUUAAUUGUUAUAUUUCGACAAUGUAGUGGUCGCCAUCUAUCUACAUAGAGUAAUGUAUUAAUCUGUGGUAACUCAGAAGUGUCAAUUGUUGAUGUGUUAGACAGUUACAAAUCAGAGGCAAACUGUUUAAAAGCUUUUCUUAAGGAGCAUUUUAUCUUCCGUGGAUGGGUAAGAAAAGGGAAAUCUGCCAGAAAAGAUAGCCAAGACCAAAAUGUCCUCACAUGCUUAAACACCUCUUUAAAACUCUUUUUGUUCCUUUUGAAAACUCUCUCAAGAUUCUGCCUGUACAUGGAUUUCAUGACACAACGUUCCUGUGGAUGCUGCCUCUGUUGCUGUUAAUAUCAGUGCUUUGAAAUUGAAGGUGUAGUGAUCUAAUUAAUUAGAGGAAAUUCUAAGUGGGAUCCUGGGGUUCGCGGCUUUGGGAGGCAGAGCCUCCCCUGAUUGUGAAGUGUAAACAAAUAAUGAUUGCAUAAAAUUCCUUUUCAAUGAUCUGGUGCAUGCUCUGUAUUGCUUUUCUUUUGAAAAGUAUUUUUUUAUUAUUAUUCAAAUUGUUACAGCAGGCCUCACUUCACAUUCAACAAAAGAUCAUAAUAAGUAGUAUUUGUAAAAUCCCCAAAAGAGAAUACUUUCUAGUGCUGCAAUAAAUAAUCGAUUAACUCGAGUAGUUCGAUUAGAAAAAAGCUUCGAAUCAAAUUUUGCUGCUUUAAAGAUUCGUUUAAUUAGAGUGGUGUUGUAAUGGUUUGUUUUGAAACGGUUUAGUUCUAUUGACUUGGGUGGAUACACUGCCCUCUAGUGGCAACAGUGAAAAUGACAUGACUCAUCUAACAUGGCUGGAUCCAGCUUUUCCCCUUUAAGACCAACAAGUUUUUGUUUGAGCUAAUAUGAUUGUUUAUGCCUUCGUAAUUUAGAGGUAUAUUUAGCAAGUUUUUUUUUUGUAGGGAUAUGUGUUUGAACGAUUUGUUAAGAGCAAUUAAUUUUUUUUUUUUUUUUUUUAGCAUUUAAGCUAGCCGGAGUUUUGCUAUGCAAGUUAUCCAAUUGUUCUUUAGUUGUACUUUGAUCCUCAUUUAUUUAUUUAUUUUUUCAAUGUCGUUUAAGGCUAAGCUCAGGUAUUUUAUUUUUAAAAGCAUUUAUUGCUCUUGUGAAAUGAAAGUGCAAUUCUGCAUAGUUUUAAAAAACACUUGAGAAUUUUAUUUUGUAUUCUCAUUUAAUGCACUUUUGGAAGUGCAAUCUUAGCAAGCUUUUGUUUUACAUCUCCUAAAAUUUAUUCUGCAACACAUUUAACGUUCCUAAUCCGAUUACUCGAUUAUUCAAACUAAUUAAUUAAUAGAUCAAAUAAACGAUAGCUGCAGCCUUAAUACUUUCUGUAAAUCCCACCAAACAGCACCAGAGCAUUGAUGUGAUUUUCAUCUAACAUUCCCCAGUCGGCAACACGCACAUUAAGCUGCGCAUUUAGCCUUAACUUUUUGAAGCAUUUUUCUUCUUUAUCACUGACUUAUUUGUUGUCAAAUAAUUUUGUAAAAGUCACAUUUUCACUGAAUUAAGGUUAACUGUGUAACGCCUCACAAUACUUCCAGAAUAAAAACUAAUGCCCUCUGGCCCAACCCAGCACUGAUGUACAAAUUCUGAAUGUUAUGCUAGUGAUUUAAAUCACCACCAAUGUUUUUGAAGUUAUGCUGCACAGCGGAUGAAUCUGUGUCAACAAGGGCUUUUAUUUCUGCAUUUAUAUGUAUGUACUUCCCAGCCCAGCCACUGGAACAAGGACCUCACUUGAGACCUUUAUUUCUUAUUUUUUAUCUUUCUUAUCUGAAGCCAGAACUCUUUCUCAACAUUGAUUCUAGAAUAUGCAACCGAGGCAUACAUUUUUUUUUUUUUUUUUGUAAACCUCACUCUCUUUGCCGGCUCAUUGAGUCAUAAAAACCAUUUGAACUCAAUGAGUAAGGUAGCAAUCCAGAUGUUAAUAUUUUCAACUUACGUCUGCCAGGUAAUCAUUGGUACAAGGAACAUGGUCAUUUGGGAGCAUAUUCCAUCACAAUUGUCACACAAAUCACCUCAGAAAUGUUAGUUUUUGUCAUUGACAUGCAAAUGCUGUCAUGCAAAUGUCUAGAGCUAAGCUCAAAAUUAUUCAGACCGUUAAGUUCAAGCCUAGUUUUAGUGAUUGGUACACAGUGCAUAACGCAUUUUGGCCAGAAGUGGCAUUUGAAGGUGACGACUUGAACAUGUCUUAAUAAAUAUUCAUGGGAUGUUUUCUUUCUUUUGCUGAUCCUUCUUCGACAAAGGCAUAUCUGGCAUACUAAAUGUCUUGUUGAUUGGAAGAAUUCAGUAUUUUUAGGUAUUAUUUGCUUAAAAUUGCAAAAAAUAUUGUUCCUUAAAAAACGGCCAGAUUUAACCCUUGAAGGUCUGGGCCUAUUUUGUCUGAUUUUGCAUGCCUUUGAAGUUGCCUUUAUAUUUCAAAGAAAGAAUUGUUUACGAUGGCCUGGUUUGGUCCCUUUUUUUUUGUGACACCUUGAACUUCAUGUCCAAAUUGUUGUUUCCUUCACUGAUCAAUUAUAAAUCAUCAUUUUGGGCCCAAAAAGACCAAAAAUUCCAAAAUCGUUUUGUCAAAAUUUUUAAUAUUGAUGUCCAAUUGACAACCAAACAUGCGUAACGAACCGUUUUGAAACUUUGUAAUAUUUAUUCAACAUGUUAGGAUGAACAUUCAACCAAAAAAAUUUAGAAUAAAUAGUCUUAUAUUUGACAAUUCAACAUAAACAACAGGUAUAGCCAUAGGCGUUUUUUGCCUUUAUACAUGCUCCAGUCAAAACAGGUUAUAUACAGCAGACCUAACAGUGAAGAACAGUGAAAAAAUAUAUACCAUCUAACACAAAAAGUGUUUAGAGGCCAUCUCUUUAUGAGUUUAGGUAUUGCGGCCAAUCGCCUGAUGAAAACUAUGUACACACAAUCAAGCUUCUUGAACACACAUUUAUAUACACAAAUUGAGAAGAUUGAUGUGGGAAAAAAAUAUAUAUAUAACAUUGGGGGGAAAAAAGCAUUUUCAAAAAUAUUUACAAUAAACAAGUUAAAUUUUUUUCAGUCAUGCCACUCCGAAAAGCAGUUUCGUCCUGGAAUUAGACACGGCUACAUCACACAGCUCACACUUCCAUGGGGUGUCGGUCCUCUUUCCACCCUUCCAUUUUCAUUUCACUUUGCUUUUAUUGUCACUAUAAAUGUACAUGAAAAUAAGUCAGUAUUUAUGAAAAUAAUAAAGUAUAAAAUAAAAAUAUAUACAGCAAUAAAUAAUAAUGGAAAUCUAUACAGUAUGUAUGACAAUAGAAAGAAUACCAUAGCUGAAUAUGUGCUACAUCCCUAAUCUUCAUAUAGAAAGAAGAACACCACAAAUUAUAAAUUCCUGCCUGGGAUACCCACAGUGCACGUACGACUUUGAUCUGAUAUGCACAUUUUAUUAUUAUAUACACAAACACACACUUAUAUUGCAUCAAAAUUAACUUUGUCUUGCAAUAUCAAAAGAAACUUUCAAAAGAAACGUUUUCAGCAUGAAAAAAAAGAGUGAGUUGGUUUACCUCUGCUCGUCGAUGGCGUCACCCA